AUGGUGGUGUUGACGGUGGCAACCACCUUGGCCGGCUGCCAUGGUGGUUAUUCACGACUCCUUCUCGACAAAAAGCCCACACACACAUGCAUCCACAUCGCAAGCCAUGAACACUACCACCAUUUCACUGGAAUAUACAAUGAGCUCAUUAACCCACGAGACGUCAUGAUUGAGCUAGUAUCCGACAUCUUUGACUGCAGUCGGGAUUUCAAACAAGAAGGAUACUACAGGUUAAUCAUAGGCGGGACUUUUGCUCAUUAUUUUGCCCUAUUUCCUCAUUCGUCAUUCUGCGGUUUUCCCCAGUCUCAACUAACGCCAUUAUCGACCGAACUUCACUCUAUAGGGAGCUUCUCUCACUCUUUUUUGAUCUGUCAUUUGGCGCUUGCUCCAUCAAUCGGUAGAUUUUUCUCGAUCAUCUUCCUCCCUACCAGGGGCUUUACUGAAUUAGGAGAUUCUACUUACCAACAACUUUGCAAUGAGAUCACAUUUCAUUUAAUGAUUGUUCCAAACAAGUCCUUGCAUUGGAGUCUAUAUUGAGAUCUGUUCAAGUACAGGAAAAGCACAAGCUGCAUCUGGUACAAAAUUCUUGUAUAAUUGAAGCUAUAUUUCCAUUGAUUGAAUGUCUAAGUGACCCCUGGUAUCACAACAUCAUCCGGAUAACAUUGGUAUUACACCACUACUAAAAAGAAACAACACUCAGGCACUUCGAGUUAGCUAUCUACAUCAAGUUUUGCCAUUUUGGUCGAGCAUAUGUGGCUAUUUGUGUGUACACCGCGGUUCAAAUUUAAACUGUUGACUGUAUUUGUAAUUAAUAUUCAGUUUUGAUGGUUAGAUACCCUUGUAGAAGAAUUUUUGAUGAUAUAUUUGUAAAAUUGAUGUAACUAUUAAAUUCAUAUUUACUACAUUUUUAUAUAUUUUUAUGAAUAUUAUAAUUGAAAAUUUUGGAUUUUGUUGAAUAUUUUUAUCGUAUUGAAUUUGCUUUGGAAUUCAUUGCUACG